AUGGACUUGACCAGCUUAAACAUUCCAUACGGCCGCCUCUCAAUUGCCGCAACUAUCUUAGGGCUUUACAUGCUUCUUGUACAAUACCUUCGCUUUCAACGUUGCGAGAAAGCCAAGUCCCAGUUCACAGAUACUGGACGCCCACUAUCUAGCAUGACUGUCAAAGAAGCCCACCAGAUUGUGCGCGACUUGCGAGAACUGGAGUUCCCAUAUACAAUGCACAAUGCCAUGAAAGUCUCACUCUUGAAGACUGGAUCCAUCCCCACAAUGACCAGACUUUUCGUCGCCACAGGACAACUCAACGAAAAGAACGCCUCCAAACGCGCCGCAGACACCGAGGUAGUCCUAAACGAAGUCCACGACCGAGAACCAGGCUCAGACGCGCACCUGCUCGGCAUUGCACGAAUGAACUACCUACACGCGCGGUAUCGCAAAGUCGGUAAGAUCCUCAACGAGGACAUGCUGCACACGCUCGGGUCUGCAGUAGUCGAUAUCAUCCGAUCCGUCGAUGGACACGAGUGGCGGCCGCUUACAACCGUCGAGAAAUGCGCAAUUGGCGUAUUCCAUAAAGCGUUGGGCGAUGCAAUGGAGAUCCCUUUUUCAUUGCUUCCUUCACAUAAAACCGGCUGGACGGAUGGCGGGCAUUUCGCUCGCGAGAUCUGUGAAUGGACGGUGCGCUACGAGCAGGCUGUGGCCAAACCUACGGAUUCGACGCGCGUUAUUGGGAGGAGGCUUCUUGAUCUGGCCAAGUUCAAUGUGCCUGCGCCGCUGAAGUCUCUUGUUGGAAGUGUGGUUGUCACCAAGCUCGAUGAACACAUUCGUAUUAGUAUGGGAUUUGAAAGGCCAGGAUAUAUCGUUUCUUCGGUGGCAGCCGGAAUCCUCGCUCUACGCAAAGUUCUCUUGCGCUACCUGGCCCUUCCUAGACCAGAUUCCAUGCGCGUGCAUCAGUUAAACCGAGACCCCGAUGCGGCAACGGGUUUAUGGACGGUGAACUUCUGGAUUGCGCACCCCUGGUACGUCAAGCCCACUCUCUCCCAUCGGUGGGGUCUGAAGGCGCUCUUUGUACGAUUGUUUGGAAGCGGUGCUGUCCCUGCACCCGAUGGACAGUAUAGAGAGUCGGGCUACGAUCUGUGGACGAUCGGACCGGCUGCACAGGAGAAGCGAGGACGGGACGAAAUGGAAGCUAUAUUCGCUGGGCUGAAGGGGUUGAAUUUUGCUGGGCAAUGUCCUUUUCAUGCGUGA